GUGUGUUCCGGAUCACCAGCGGUCAUUUGGUCUGGGCAUCCAGUGGAUUGUGGCUCGCUGUUUGGGCUCCAUCCCGGGCCCGAUCCUAUUUGGCAAGAUGUUUGACCUGGCCUGUCUAGUGUGGCAGAAACGCUGCGACGGCGAAGGAUCCUGUUUCUUCUACGACAACCACAACAUGAGCGUCAACCUCCUCAUCCUCUCCAUCAUCUUCUCCAUCGUUGCUGCUGUGGCAUUUUUCUUGGCAAACUUUUUCUACAAG